ACAUACACUGGGGGUUUAACCUGAUUGGAAUCCACGCCUACAUCGCAGAGGACAAAACGUUUAAGACAGGAAGUGACGUCUGUGGUGUACAGUUAUAAGGAAAUGCGAUGUUGCAAAUGAAAGAACAAUACGACGUUCUUUCGUCUUAAUUUAAGCAACAGUAUACAAUAAAAAAAAAUAUCAAAUGGCUAUCUCCGGUCGAAGAAUUGUGACAUUUGGACUGAUCAUGACAGCUGUGUAUAUUUUGAUUAACGUCUGUGGUGUGUCAAAGCGUGUUAAAGACCCAUCCGACCCAAGAUGCAUUGCGAAAGGAAGUGCAACAUUUGAGGAAUUAGAUUCAAUGCAACAUUUCUCACUUGAUUAUCCAUCAGGAUACAUUUACUCGAAAGAAAAUACAAAAUGGCUUGAAAUCUUGGAAAAAAGUUUGUACCAGCCCGGAAAAGAAAGUUUAAAUGUGUUUAACGAAACCUACCCUUUAAACAUGAACAUGCGAGAGCUGGUGAAUACGUACAAGAAUGGAGGAUACGUGAGCCCCCUCAAGGUAAACGAGUAUCCGUUCCGUUUUUUAUGGAACCCCACCAAAGUGUGUGAAAACGGACAAAAAGUCUUUCUUUUAUUUAUCAUCAAAUCCGCCAUACGCCAUUUUGACAGACGACAAGCAAUUCGCCAGACUUGGGCCAAUCAGGAGCUUUAUAAUAGAUUUGGAAUUCGACGGCUAUUUCUGACAGGUAUAAUGCGUGGACAGACUCGGUUUCACGAGUCUCUAAGGGAUGAGAUAAUUUACUACGGUGAUACUCUUCAAAUUGAUUUCGUUGAUAUGUAUUAUAAUAACACAUGGAAAACACGUGGGGGAAUUAAAUGGGCGGUCAACGAGUGCAAACAAGCGGAGUAUGUCAUGUUGGUAGAUGAUGAUUUCUAUGUUGCUUCAGAUCUCCUUGUCCAACUGUUACACACGGCCGGCAGAUCACGGGAUUUCUACAUGGGAUGGAUGAACGGGAAUCCGUUCCCAGUCCGCAAUAUGCGAGAUAAAUGGUUUGUCUCCAAACGGGAUUUUCCAUACCCAGUGUAUCCCGAUUUUAUCAACGCUGGAGCAAUUGUAAUGUCGAUGGAUUUCGUUGUGGACCUCCAUAUUGCUAGUCAGUACACGAAUCACUUUAAGUUUGAUGAUGUUUUCGUUGGAAUAGUGGCUUCCAAGCUCAAGGUCACACCUGUCUCGUGCAAUAUCUUUACUAUGGUCAAAAUCUUAUUCACGGCCGACCGUUUCUGGAAAACGCUUGUAUCACAUGAAUACAAACCGAAAGAACUGUUGCAAGCAUGGAAAUGUCACGUGCUUAUUAGUAAACAUGGAUUGGACAGUAGCAUCGAUACGUCCUAGUUUAGUGUUCAAAUACUAUAUUGCUGUUAAUUCUGGUUUUCAGUGGGGACUUUAAGAUACGGAAUCCGACAAUCCAGUUCACUUGCGUUCCGGAUCCGACAUGUUAUAUAAAUUGAUUCUAAAGGACAAACAUUUCACCAAUUAUACGAUAAAGACACCUGAUUACGUAUACAUAGGUAACACAAGUUAUCUAUGUGUUCGUUAACAUUCAAUGUAGAGAUUGUAUACAGUAAGUAGAUUUAAAUUGCUGAAACGUAAGCCUGUGCACAAUAGGAUAUAAUAUCAUGUGUGUGACGAAUACGUAACGAAAUAUAAAACCCUGUAUCAGGAACCUACGUGGGGCAAUCACCAGAUACUGGCCGUUGCUAGGUCGGUGUUUUUUCUCUGAGAACUCAGGCUUUUCUCCACCACCAAAACCUGGCAC